AUGGCGACAAGACGAAACAUCCCGUCCGAAAAGAUCAUAUCGGAGGCUCAAGGCGGUCCGCCUUCCUCCAGCCAGUUUUCUGAUACCAGCCCGGCAGUCCCAGCGGCCGUCAUUUACAAGCUCCUGGGCUUUACCAUGGCGAUGCUAUGUAUUCCCAUCGGAUCAUAUUUCAUGUCUGUCAAUGUCGUCUUCGGAGGCAAUGCAACAUACGCUGGCGCGCUUGCGGCCAUCAUGGCCAACGUCGUCUUGGUAGCCUACAUUAUAGUUGCGAUGAAAGAAGACCAAUCCGACAGGCUAGAGACCGAGAAGAAGCACGGAAAGGCUCAAUGA